UUUCUCUCUCACUAAAAGUCUUACGCAGGACUUUGAGUCAACGAGAUCCAAUAUCGCCCCCAUCUCAAGAGGGUUGAGCCUGCGGACACAGAGGGCCUUCUAUCCACAGAGCCCUGGGAGAGAGUCUUGUUCAGCUCCUUCUUCAUCCCCAGCUUCCACUAUGUACUCUGCAGGGGUGGAGAUCCUUGGGAUGAUCCUGGCCGUGGCCGGUUGGCUUGGGGUCAUGGUGGCCUGCGGCCUGCCCAUGUGGCGGGUGGCUGCCUUCAUUGGUCAGAACAUUGUCAUCUCCCAGGUGAUCUGGGAAGGAUUGUGGAUGAACUGUUCGGUGCAGAGCACAGGCCAGAUGCACUGCAAGGUGCAUGACUCCAUGCUGGGGCUACCAGUAGACCUGCAGGCGGCUCGUGCCCUGGUCAUCGUCUCCAUGGUGCUGUGCAUCGUGGGCAUUGGUCUGUCAGUAGCUGGUGCGAAGUGCACCAACUGUAGUCGGGACGUGAGCAGUAAACCACGGUUUGUGGUGGCUGCUGGAGUAACCUUCGUGGUGGCCGGACUGCUGCUGCUGGUGGCCGUGUCCUGGACGGCCCACGCCAUCGUCCUGGGCUUCUACGACCCGCUGCUGGAGGAGACCGGGAAGAGAGAGUUUGGUAAUGCUCUGUACUUUGGCUGGGCUGCCUCCUGCCUGCUGAUUCUGGGGGGGGCCUUGCUCUGUUGCUCCUGCCCCCCCAAAUCAGCUACAGCGCCGAGUGGUGGCAGCUCUGUGCCUCCCCGGAUGGACUACUCAGCUGUCAAAACCAUGUCAGUCAAUGGAUACACCAGAAGAGACUAUGUAUGAACAUGUGGCAUGUGAGUGCAGAUGAAGAUACAAUAACCAGCGUUAAUAAAUUUGUGAUCAGUAGAUGGAUGCUUGAUGGCAUGCAUUUCAAUGCAGCAUAAUGCCGCAUAAUGCUUCAUAACGUGUUUUUAUUAUGGCAAUUUUUUUUGUAGUGGCAGGCAUCUGUUGUUGCUUUUGAUAUUUAAUUUCAAAUAUUAAUACAUUUCACCUGUAGAUUUUGGCUUUUUUUUUUAUAAGUAAGAUGUGUUUGAUCUUUAGAAAUUCACACAAUGUCUAUGCAGAUCAUUCCAGAUUCCAGUUUUUUAAAAGAUUAUAAAUAAAAGAACAACUUGUUUAAGAAUUUAUUCAUUUUCAUGCUUUCUUCAUACUGGCAAUU